CAGGUGUCGUUGCAUGGUGGGGGUGCGGAGACGGUGCGAGGAUGGGAGACAGCUUCUUGCACCAGGGGGGACAUCGUCUCUCUCUAUGCGGAGGGACUGUUUCAGGUUUUCUCAGUACUUUAGGGUUGGUAGAUGACAGAUGCGUGGUAUGUCCCGAAGCCGGUGACCUGACUGAUCCGCCCAAAAAGUUCCGAGAUUGCCUGUUUAGGAUAUGUCCUAUGAACCGUUACUCCGCCCAGAAGCAGUUCUGGAAUACAGCGAAACAGUCGGCAAACUCUAACACAGAUACCGGCCUGUUGAAGAGGUUACAUCAUGCCGCUGAGAUAGAGAAGAAGCAGAAUGAGUUGGAAAACAAAAAGCUAUUGGGCACGGUCGUGCAGUACGGCAGCGUGGUACAACUGCUGCACGUCAAGUCCAACAAAUACCUUACUGUCAACAAAAGGUUGCCCGCAUUGCUCGAGAAGAACGCGAUGCGGGUGCAUCUGGACGCGAACGGGAACGAGGGCUCCUGGUUUUAUGUUAUGCCUUUCUAUAAACUCCGGUCGACUGGCGACAACGUGGUGGUUGGCGACAAGGUGAUAAUGAACCCUGUCAAUGCCGGCCAGCAAGUUUUACACGUUUCCUCCAACCACGAACUGCCCGACAACGCUGGAUGUAUGGAGGUAAACGUGGUAAACUCAUCAACGUCUUGGAAGGUGACGCUAUUCCUGGAGCACAAGGAGAAUCAAGAGGAGAUCCUGAAGGGCGGCGACGUGGUGCGUCUCUUCCAUGCGGAGCAGGAGAAGUUCCUCACCAUGGACGAGUAUCAGAAGCGGCAGCACGUGUUCCUGAGGACCACGGGCAGGUCCAGCGCCACCGCCGCGACCAGUAGUAAAGCGCUGUGGGAGAUUGAGGUAGUACAACACGACCCGUGUCGCGGUGGCGCUGGCCAUUGA